GCUACUUACCAAAAGCUGCUCCCUCUGUACUUCCCAAGGUCAUUAAAGGAGGAGGGUCGGUCAUUGCCGUACCUGCCUGCAGAUAUUGGAAAUGCAGAAGGGGAGCCUGUGGUACCUGAACGGCAGAUUCGAAUAAGUGAGAAACCUGGUGCCCCGGAAGACGACCAAGAAGAGGAGGAAGAAGGCUUGGGAGCUGACCUCUCUUUCAUUGGCUCUCAUGCUUUUGCCCGAAUGGAAGGAGAUAUUGAUAAGCAGAGAAGACUGAUCCUUCAGGGACAGUUAUCAGAGGCAGCCCUACAGAAGCAGCAUCAGAGAAA